GCAUUUGUCAAUCACAAGGCAAGCGAUACGGUUGUACGAGAGCCUGAGCCUGCAAAAACCGCUAAGAGAAAUUGAGUUUCAGUUUCUGUUUCUGAGUCGACGAGAAUUGACAAAGCAAAUUGUCAAAGUUGUGCGAAAUAAUAAGUUAAACUAACUUAAACCGAUCGUUGAGUCAAUCAUUUUUUAUUAACAACAAAAAAUAUCAAUAUCAAUAAAUAAAUAAAUCGUUUAAGAAACCAGCAGCAGAGGCUGCGGAUCUAGUGAAGUGAAGUGCUAAAUAACCAAAUAUAUUACAAUACAACAGAGGAAUAAACAGCCGAAUAAAAGCCUUUAAAUAUGGAUAGCCAAUCUAACCAAACGCCAUGGGCCAGCGCCAGUGUCACCUGCUUAUCCUUAGAUGCAAAGCGACAUAGCCAAUGCCUGGACGAUGCAAUCAAAAGCGGUCAUCAAGUCAAUUACUCACCAGCACGUUCAUUGCGCUAUAUUGCGUAUACGCAACGUUGCGGCAUCAGAUUAACCAUGCUAAUGCUAAUUAUGUGCCUAACCUUUAUGCCUGCACAUAGCUGUGGACCCGGACGGGGUCUGGGACGUCGUCGUGUCCAAAAUCUGUAUCCACUGGUGCUUAAGCAAACUGUGCCAAAUUUAUCCGAGCAUCAGCUUGGCGCCUCCGGCCCACUGGAGGGAGAAAUUCCGCGUGAUUCACCAAAAUUUAAGGAUCUAGUACCAAACUACAAUAGGGAUAUAGUAUUCAAGGAUGAAGAGGGCACUGGAGCCGAUCGCUUAAUGACCAAGCGCUGCAGAGAGAAAUUAAAUGCCCUGGCCUAUUCUGUGAUGAACGAAUGGCCCGGUGUACGUUUGCUGGUAAUCGAAAGCUGGGACGAGGAUCACGAUCAUGGCCAGGAAUCGUUGCACUACGAGGGACGUGCAGUGACCAUUGGGACCAAUGAUCGCGAUCUAUCGAAAUAUGGCAUGCUGGCUCGUUUGGCUGUUGAGGCUGGUUUCGAUUGGGUUUCCUAUGUCAGUCGACGUCACAUCUAUUGCUCCGUUAAGUCAGAUUCAUCAACCAUUUCGCAUGUCCAUGGAUGUUUCACACCCGAGAGCACAGCCCAAAUGGAGAAUGGCGAAAAGAAGCCGCUCAGUCAGCUCUCCAUUGGAGAUCGAGUACUGAGCAUGGGUUCAAAUGGCCAGCCAGUGUAUAGUGAAGUAAUACUCUUCAUGGAUCGCAAUCUGGAGCAGCUAGAGAACUUUGUCCAGCUGCACACAGAUGGUGGAGCCGUAUUAACAGUGACCCCGGCACAUUUAAUUAGCGUAUGGCAGCCGGAUAGCCAGCAGCUUAACUAUGUGUUUGCGGAUCGCGUAGAAGAAAUGAAUUAUGUUCUAGUGAAUGAUGUAGUCACUGGUGAAUUGCUACCACAGCGGGUCAUCAAAGUAACCUCUGUCCAUAGCAAGGGCGUGGUUGCUCCACUCACACGUGAGGGCACAAUUGUGGUGAACUCUGUAGUUGCCUCUUGUUAUGCGGUGAUCAAUAGCCAAUCUUUGGCACAUUGGGGAUUGGCUCCAAUGCGGCUAUUGUCUUCCCUACAGUCAUUAAUGCCAGCCAAGGGUCAAUUAAGGACGACAUCGUCAGCUACGCAGCCAACCAAAGAGGUGUCCAGGGCGGAGCAGCAGAACGGCAUUCAUUGGUAUGCCAAUGCUCUCUACAAGGUGAAGGACUAUGUCUUACCCAAGAGCUGGCGACACGAGUAGACAGCCCGCAGGGGGGAAGAAGGCACGGCGAGAGGAAUAUCGUAAAUUGGGAACGCUAAUUGUAUUAUAUUUUGUAGUUAUGUAUACAUAUGCCUAAUAAUAACUGUAUUUCAAUGUUAAAUCGAUACUAUUUAUUUAUCAAAAACCGACAAACACAAAAAAAAAAACAUAAAAAAACACGAACAAAA